UCUCACUUGAAAGAAGAAGAAGAAAACAGAAGAAAAAUGUUUGUUGGAUUGAAUUCUUGUGAUCUGUCACUUUCUAACAAAUCGAUUAUGUCGUUUCUGUUGAAUUUUGCUUUUUCUCUGUUUUCAUUUUGUAGUUUACAGUAUUCUGUUUCUAAUCUCUCUUUUGUAUCUUCUGAUUGGAUCCGGAUUAAGAAAGUUUUAUAUAUAUUUUGGUUCGAUGCUGCUGCAUUAAUCCAUUUAGGAGAUUUUUUUUUGUGUUCGCUUGCUAAAAUUCUAGUAUGAAGUGGUAGUGUUCAUUGAUGGUUAUUCCUUCGAUGGUAUUAAGUAGGAAAUUCUGAUGAGAUUAAUUAAAAUUUUACCUUUUUUAAGGUGAUAUCUUCUAAGUGAAAGUUUAGCAGAUCCAGUUUCUAUUUUACUACUAUUUGAGAAACUAGAUUAGCAUGGAGGAACCAGAUUAGCAUAAAAUGUUGAUCAGUAAUCUGCAACCUUGUCCGCUGAUUGUCUCAAUUUCAGAAAAGUAAUUCAAGCUGGAUUCUGUGUGAACUUUAGUGAAUUGAUGCGAUUCCCCAGUUUAACUUUAGAAAAGUAGAGAUUUGUCCAUCUUUUCUCAAAAGCUUAUCUGUGUCCUCAGACCUCAGUGGAGAAGAAGUGAAAAGAUCCCCAAUUCAAUAGUGAUUACUCCAUAAUUGCAUUUGUCUGAAAUACUUUAAGUUUGUUUCUGUUUACUUCUCUGUGAUCUCAAUAUUUUACUUGUUUAAUUCAAAAAGAGAAAAAACUUGGAAACAAUAAGAUAAGUAUGAAGUUCGGUGAUUUGGAUCAAGCCUUUUAUAAAAAAAAAAAAUGUAUGCCUCAAAAAGUAAAAUAAAUGUGAUGUUGCAUCAAGUCCACUGACUGUCAGUGAGGUGGGAAUUCUUUUGUAUAUAUUUUUAAUAUCAAAUUCAUGGAUGAUGCAUUCAACGGUCAAACAAUUAUCCAUCUGAACGUUGUAAGUAGAUCUACCCAAUCACAGAAGAGCGGAUGGACUAUGGAGGAUUGCAAGUCAUCUGUGUUAUUUUGUCAGUCUUCUAUCUUUACUAGUACUAUGCAGUUUGGCACCGGACACACUCAAAACUUUAUAAGAUGAAUGGUUAGAUGGAAAUCUCAAGUUGCUAUUAACUGUGACCACGUUAAAAACCCGUCUCUUCUUUAUCAUAUAGUUAGUUCUUUCAUUUGAAGUUCAUAAAUGUUUAUUUGAACAUUCCAUGGGCUAAUUUAAGAGAUUUUAGUGGUUUUAGCUGAUGCAUUAUAACUCGCGGUAUGCUGUUUUUUUCCCCACUGCUGUUGAAAAAGUUGAAGGGAAGUGAAUGCGAGACAGAUGAACAAAAAGACUAACUUGCCUAAUAUUAAUUGAGUAAUAGCUCCGGCAGAAGCGAAAGAACUGAAAAUAAAGCAAGGAGGUGAUUAUUAAUUGUCGAAUGUUAAAGGAACAGUACACAAGAGCUUGGAACUAGGCCAGUAUCCAGCAUUGUAGUUUAAGCGAGAAACAAGUCCACAAGCUCAAGAAAUGGUUGCCAAGGAGAUCAGGGACCAAGUUGAAGAUCCAUCAAGUGAAUCCGAGAUUGAAUCAAAGCAUUUAAAAGAAGACGUAUCUGAUUGUGAUACAGUAAAAGAUUUUAUAUCAUCCCAAGGGGAUGCACAAACAACUGAGGAUGACAAAGUAGAAAGAAUUUCGAAGGUACCCAAAAAGGUUGCUAAAAAGGAACCUGUUCCACGCUUAUCAAAAACUAGAAAGGACAGGCAAGAAGCAAACAAGACCCAGAGCAAAUCAUUGAGUAACACGCCAAAGAAACCAGCAAAAUCUAAUAGAGGAGUUCCUAGAAAUUCCACUAAAACAAUUCCAGAUGGGAAGUCCAAGAUUAUGAAAGUUCAUCCGAAACCUUCGUCAGAAUCGUCCGAAGGAAUUGAUGAUGGUAAUAAACCCAUUGAAGAGGUUAAAGAAAUAGAUAACUUGAAUGAGGCACCAAAUGAAAUUCCAAGUAUUGGUAGUGAUAAUGAAGCAUCUGAUGUGGAGGAGAACUGUUUGGAUGAAGGCGAAGCAUCAAAUGAUCAAAGGAUUGAGGAAAUGGAAGCAAGAAUCAGGAAACUUGAGGAGGAGCUCAGAGAAGUUGCUGGUCUUGAAAUCUCACUCUACUCUGUUGUACCAGAACAUGGAAGCUCAUCUCAUAAAGUGCACACUCCUGCUCGACGUCUUUCUAGACUGUAUCUACAUUCUUGCAAGCAUCCGGCUCAAAACAAAAGAGGCACAAUUGCAAAGAACACUGUAUCAGGACUGAUACUGAUAGCAAAGUCCUGUGGAAAUGAUGUUCCAAGAUUAACAUUCUGGUUAUCAAACACCGUGGUCCUGAGGGAAAUUCUCUCUCAAGCUUUUGGUAAUUCACUUAAUUUGAGUCCAAUUUCGAGGGUGACGGAGUUAAAUGAUGGGGCCAAGAGAAGCGAGGGUAAGUCUACAUCAAAUCAAUGCAACGCUAGUGGUUGGGACAAACAAGGCAAGAACAGUGGUUUAACACAGAUUCUUGAAGUCUGGCAAGAGACCCGUUCAUACAUAUCUGCACUAGAAAAAGUUGAAUCCUGGAUCUUCUCACGAAUUGUAGAGUCAGUGUGGUGGCAGACCUUAACACCUCACAUGCAACCCCCAGUUGAGGAUCUAUAUUCUAAUAGAAGUCAAGGAAAGCUGUCAGGACCAGCUUUGGGUAAUCAGCAACAAGGAAACUUUUCAAUCAACUUGUGGACAAGUGCUUUUAAAGAUGCCUUUCAAAGACUUUGUCCUCUGAGGGCAGCAGGGCAUGAGUGUGGUUGCCUCCCAGUACUGGCUAGAUUGGUGAUGGAGCAGUGUGUGGCGAGAUUAGAUGUUGCCAUGUUCAAUGCAAUUUUACGUGAGUCAGCUAAUGAAAUCCCAACGGACCCUGUCUCUGACCCAAUAGUUGACUCGAAGGUUCUACCAAUUCUAGCUGGAAACUUGAGCUUCGGAUCUGGUGCACAACUGAAAAAUUCUGUUGGUAACUGGUCUAGAUGGCUUACUGAUCUGUUUGGCAUGGAUACGGAUGAAUCACCAGAAGAUAGUGGUAACGAUGAGGAUGAGGACAGAAAUGGAAGAGAUGUUGUACCCAAAUCCUUUCGUCUUCUUAAUGCACUAAGUGAUCUUUUAAUGCUACCAAAAGACAUGCUUAUAGACAGAUCCAUCAGGAAAGAGGUGUGCCCUGCAAUUGAUCUUCCCUUGAUUAAGCGAAUAUUGUGCAACUUCACUCCUGAUGAAUUUUGUCCCGAUCCAGUCCCUGGGGUUGUUCUAGAGGCCUUAAACGCGGAGAGUAUCGUCGAGAUGCAGUCCUCAGACGGAGACUCAACCAGUUUCCCUGUUAGUGCUGCUACAGUAGUCUAUGUUCCCCCUUCCCACACUGACGUGCAACAGAAAGUAGGGGAUAAUAUUGGCGAAAGAUCCAAGUUUGAGAGGAAUGUUUCUGUGGUUCAAAGGAAAGGGUAUACCAGUGAUGAAGAAUUGGAUGAACUUGAUUCUCCAUUAACGUCGAUCAUCGACAAGAUGCCAGCACCAACAACAGCUGAUAAUGGAACUGGAAAACACAAUGGAAAUACAAAGUUUGGUGGUGCAAGUGUCAGGUACGAACUCCUUCGUGAGGUCUGGAUUGUAUAAUAUACCAAAUGUCUUAGAUAAAUAGCGAGUAAAAGAAGAUACAUAUACAGAAAUGAGGUUAAAAAAGUUGCUGAAAAAAGAAAUAAGAUGGUGUUGGAUGUAGUUGAAAUUGUAAGAAAAUCAGACACGUUGUUCUAUUAUCAACAUGAAUUCCAAGAUUUAUUUCUUUUGUACUUCAGGAAACAGUGAGCUUAUUCUUAAUGUUUGGUUCAGCACCCUCUUGGAAAGCACAUGAACUUGGUGUAAUUGGUUAUAAAUUUUAUAGAUCUGUACCCAAUUUUUGGAAUGUGAAUGUAAUCUAAUCAAUGAAAUUACCAAUCA